GCAGGCAACGCAGUCAUGUGCAGAGUUAGUCUGGGUGCUACAGUGGAACAAUGGCGUCCUGCAGGUGGGGGGGGGUUCUUAUCACUCUGUGGAUACAAGCGAGCUUCACACCUGGAAUACUCUGCACAGAUGGAGCUGUCAGUCAUCUGUCAAGAGAAGACGUUCUGUUGAUCAACGACCAGGAACAUCCUAAAUGUUUCACACGGACAGCAGAAGACCUAACCUGCUUCUUUGAGGCUGCAGACAACAGGACUUAUGACCUGCUCUACAAGAUCGAGAGCCUGUCCUCGGAGAGAAGGUGCGCUAUGUCUGUUCAGAGGACAGAAGAGGGAACAUUCCUCAACAUCUGUUCCUUCCCAGAAGAUGACGUGUUUGUUUUUGAGAGAAUACCUCUUGAAGUGGUGGAGCGUGAAACCAACACCAUCCUGCACCGUCGCAACGUCUCCGUGGAGGAACACUUUUUCUUGGAUUCCCCCUUCAAUGUGUCCUUACAUGAAAAUGACCAGGCAGGACAGCUGCGGGUUUCAUGGCUCACAAAUCGCACAAUGUUCUGCCAAAACCAGAAGUUCAGGAUUCGCUACAACUCCAAGUCGCUCGGGGAGAGGAGCAAAACGGAAGGUGCCGUUUUAGAGUCUCUGGUCCCAGGGGAGCCGGUGCAGGUUCAGGUCUCUGUCAGGUGUAGUUCAGGAUACUGGAGCAGGUGGUCGCACCCUGUGCAACACAUGGUUCCUCAGAGUGCAGAUGACGUUUCACUGAUGUGCUUCACCGAUGACCUGCAAAACAUCACCUGUCGGUGGAAUGGGAGCAGAUACGGUGACGGACACGGGUACGGCCUUUUCUACAAGACGAGUCCCAGCCACACGUCCAACUGGACACAGUGGACCGAGUGUCUGGCUACGAGGGGCGUCACUGGUGUGUGUCACUUUGUGGGUGACGUGUCCAGAGAAGUCCUGGUCAAGAUCAGUGACCAUCCAGCUCCACUCAGCAAAACCUUCUACACUCAGAGGUUCACUCUCAACAACAGCAUUAAAACUCCUCCCCCACACCAUCUGAGAACCAGGCUGGAGAAAGGCAAGGUGUGUGUAGGGUGGGAGGCUCCCCUUUCCUCUCUGUUGGCUCAUCUGGGGUACGAACUUGGCUACCAGACAAAAGGGGGUGAAGCAUGGAUGAUCCAUCGUGAGCAGGCAUCAAUCCCAGAGGGUCCAACAAAUGAAACCUGUGUGGAAGUUGCAGCAGGUACAAAGUACAGUGUGAAGGUCAGAGCUGAACCCAAAGGACCCACGUACUCCGGCCACUGGAGUGACUGGUCAGAGGUGCUAACUGGGGAAACGCCUGCUGAUAUAGGCAUGAUGCUCAUCCUGUGGGUCCCGCUCUUAGUGGUAAUAGCUGCCAUUUCCUGCUGGGCCAUGUUUUCCGUGUACCUCAGCAAAAUAAAACAGGUUAUUUGGCCACCGGUGCCCAACCUUGAUAAAGUCCUACAAGGGUUCCUAGCAGAGAUCAACGGCCAGAAAUGGGAUGUGUCAGUAAUAGCAAAACAGUGCCCUGAAGAAACCAUGUCAUCCAUUGUGGAGGUUCUGUCUCAAGAAGACAUUUCAGAAUUGGGAAAGAAACCACCAGAGUCCACGCAGCUCCUGUCACCAGAGGGACUAUUCUCCAGCAAAGAAAAGCUGGACUGGAGCUCGGGGACUGACAACUUCCCAGACUAUGUGACUCUGAACAAAGACAGCACUAUUAUCUGCCCAAAAGGAAACAAUUAUGUGUAUGAACAAGUUGCUGAAAAGGGCGGGAGUCAUUCAGUGGCGGCAGACGUGCUUCUGCAAACGCGUCGCUGUUCCUGCACUGUCGAGUCGUGCCCGUGCGCCCAGUAUCUCAACCACUCCUACCUGCCGUUGGCUGACAGAUUCAGAGAACCUGGCAACCCCUACGCUAACCUCCCCUGUAGCUACUGUAAACGUACAGCGCUGCAUAUUUAACGUGCACCACGUAGCCGUGAGGCCUUUAACCUCAUGUAAAGCUUUAGUUAGCACUAGUUAUCAGUUUAGCGGUUAAGCUAACGACGGCGAUUCAGUGCCGCUACGUAACUAGGCCCAGAUAGUACAUCUUGUCCCGCACGCUUCAACAACAGGCAGCGAUGCACUGCAUUUCAGGGUUUUUUUUCUAAUACUGUAAAUUAUGUGUGUUUUUAAUUCUUGUGUACAGUUUCUAAUGAAGUAAAACUCAAAGGC